UCUGCACCACCGGGUGUCAGGAAGGCCAUUGUGCUGCCUGUUUUGUGGGCUAAGCUAACGUGUGUUGUGCUCCUCUCUGCAACACUCUCCGCAGAGGCAGCUCCGUGGAACAUGUCUGAAAACAUGCCUCCGGGCAGCCUGAACCUGGAGGCGCAGCUCCUGUCCAUCAUGGACGUGCUGGUGAAGGCGGCGGUGGGGGAAAUCACUCAGCUGUUCUCGGAGAGCUCGUCGUCUCUCCGCCUGCAUCUGACCCAGAGCCUGAAGGAAAACGAAGCCCUGAGGAUGAAGAUGAAGGUGAUGAGGAGCGAGCUCUUCUCCCUCCGGCUCCAGACCAGGACGAACAGACCCGCCAGCCGCUUCGCCCUGACCAGAGGAAACCUCUCCAAACCGCGACCCAAGUGUCAAGUGGUUAUUAAGGCUCCAGUGGCUCAAAAGGCUGUUGUGGAUGCUGCUACCAUAACUCUGCAAUCAGAGGGCAAGAUAUCCCCUGCAGUCACACAAGUGCAGUGUGCAAAAGAGGAGAGUCCGGAUGUUAUUCUGAUCAAAGAUGAAGAUGACAUUGGUGAAUGUGAACCAGUUGAAGGUCAGGAUGAGUUUGGGAACCACGGUCUGCAGGCCGGUGUCUCCGCCGAGACUCAGAGUUUGGAGCCGUCGGGCUCAUCCUGCUUGGCACACGAAGAAGAGGAGUUGAGAAUUGUGAGCGUUCACGGCAGAGGAGACGGCCCCCUAAAGGACCAGACUGACACCCUCUUCUCCGCGUCUGAACUUGAAGCAUUUACCUCGCUGUCUGACCACAGCGUCCCCCAUGACUCUCUACUGACUUUCACUACCAGUGCGAAUGACAGGGCGCCCAUGAACGUGAUGCAGGACAGCAGCGCCGCGUCGGGUAGGAACAGCCACCUUGAAAGGAACCAUGCCACACAAAUGUCUUCAGCAGCGCUGAAAUCGACUGCAGUGGGAGCUGAGAGCCAGGCGGGGCACCCCAGUCACAUCAGCCAGUUUGGCCAGCAGCAGAACGUCUUCCCUCACGCCGUCAGCAAAUCGCUGGAUUGCAGCUUCUGUGGCGAGCGCUUCCUCAACCGCGAAGACCUGAUCGUGCAUCGGGCGAGCCACACCGGCGAGUCGCCCGUCCCGUGCCCCAUGUGCGGCAAGUCGUUCGUCAACAAAACCACACUGACCAUCCACAUGCGCAUCCACACCGGGGAGAAGCCGUACGCCUGCUCGCAGUGCGGGAAGCGCUUCACGCAGAACGGCAGCCUGAAGAUCCACAUGAGGACUCACUCCGGAGAGAAGCCGUACAUAUGCAACCAGUGUCCCGCCAGCUUCAACAACCCCAGCAACCUACGCAGACACAUGAUUACACACAACUCCAACGGAGGCUUCUGACCGUAACACGUCAGGAGUUUGAGUGUACUGAUGUGGAUUUCACAUGUUUCGGCAUGUUUUCUUCACUGUGUGGCAGAGAAAUGUUUGUCAUGGGUCACAGCUCGUAUUUCCGCCAUCGCUCCAGAAUAAUCUGCAUGAUCUCUGCUCUGUAUGAGUAAACUGCAAUUCUUUCAGUCUCGAUAAGAUCAGUAAGAAGAAAAACAGCUUUCAACCAAAAAAAAAAAAAAAACCCUGAGUUUUUAUGCUGAAAAACAAAAAACA